AUGGCAUUCCGAACGCGUAUUUGCCUUUCUUAUUUUGCCACUGAAACUUCUACUUCGCCUUUUCUCGCACAAACCGCCAUAGAAUUUGUCAUCGUUAUCUUCUCUCCUCAAAGCCGGUUGCCGCCGUUGUCCUCCAAUACCACUAGAAAGAUGAUGAAGACAGCAAAUGCGUCGCUGCUGCUGGUGGUCAGUGACGGCGUCACCGGAGUGCAGGAAUGGCACCAAAGCUUCACCGGACUACCAGUGCUCUAUAAUCGUCUUUCCACUGUGUGUUGACUUUAUUGAAUACCGCCCAAUAGUGAUGAUGAUAUUGCAAUAAGUUUGUGGAAAUUGAAAGCGUUCUCCAUUCCGUUGCCUUCCAAUUUCUGAUCUCCAUAUGUGGUUAGAAGUCAUCCGCCUCAGAUGUCGAUGAUGUUGAUUUCUUUGGUGAGAGACGGAAGAGGAAAAGAUGGCAACUGAAGAUAGGAAUCAAAAAAAGAAUCAAUAAAGAAGAAAGAUAUACGUAUAUUUGUACUGUGUUUGCAAAAUUUGAACUACACCUGGAAAGAGAUAGAUAUGUUGUUGGUGUGGGAGAUUGACCGGAUAUUGGAUUUGGAAUAGUAGUGGAUACAUCUAAUGUUUGUUAGUCUUUGGCUGGGGAUGCUUAUAAUGAAAUCGUUUUUUUUGCUUUGAGUGGGGAGUAUGCAAAUAGGAUAAUCGAACCAUAGCUUCCCCCGCAUAGUAAAUCCAAAAUUCUCUUUGUACGGUUGCUUUGUUGCCAACUCUUCUACAAGGUAUCAUCCGUCAAGAGGGCUUAUGAAAUUGAACCUUCAAAGUAGAAGCAGAAAAGCUCAAAACUGAUUCCCGACAUCAGGUUCUAAGUAUGGUAAAGACGGAGAAUAAGAACGCAGCAGCAGACACGAUUACGAUUUUCAAGUUCUGAUGAAACAAGCCAGAUUCGAUUCGGUUUAUCAAAUUAAUCAACCAUGGUGGAGGAUUUGGUGUAACUGUCACCGGUCUUUUUGAUUAUUUUUGGACCAAGGCAAAAACCUACAUAACACAGAUAACAAGGUUAAAAGAAGGAAGAUAUUGAGAGAUGGAUCUGGAUAUUGUCAAGCAUAAUUGACUGGAGGAGUAUUUUUCCCGAUGUGUUGUAGCGCCUUCAACUUUAUGAAGAUUAACUGCAAGUGGAAUAGAAUAUAUGGGCUGUCGAUUUAGAAGUACAAUUUGUUGUCAAUUUUUACACAGGCUUGAAAUAUAAUAGUGAAGUAUUUUGAUAACCGAAAGAACAAAGUGAUGCACUUAACGACUUUGGUGUUGCUCAACUCAGUAGUCACUGAAUUUGUUUUGUGGGAAUAAUGUUCUUAUUGAUAUGAGCAUACAUUCUGCAUAUGUCAUGGCUAUUCGUGGUGCCCAACAUUUCAUCUAUAUUGAGAACCAGUAUUUUAUUGUUAUGAAGGGGACACCAUGAGGGUGAGGAAGUGGAGAAGAUUUGUUCUUCUUCCUACCUGAUUUGUUAUUUCCAUCUCAACUUUAUGUCAAUGGUAUCAAUGAAGGGCUUCAGGUAAGGACAAAAUUUUCGACUUUUGAAGUCAAAGAAAGUUGAAA